GGCGGGACGGGGCGCGCGGAAGCCGGCGGGCGCCGGGAGUGGCGGCGGUCCGGUCCUCGGAGGAGGCUGUGCCCUGUUCGCCCGAGGCGGGCCCUCGCUCCUCCCCGCCGCACCCGCGGGCUUCGGUCCCUUUAAAAGGCGCGGACCUGCCCGGCGUGCUCAGCCCGCCCUCCCGCCGCCGCCAUGGCCCAGCAGCUGCUGCAGGAAAAGCUGACCUGCGCCAUCUGCCUGGAGCUCUACCAGGACCCGGUGACGCUGUCCUGCGGCCACAACUUCUGCGCGGACUGCAUCCGGGACUGGUGGCGCUCCCGCGUGGAGUGCCCCGAGUGCCGGGAGCUCUGCCCCGCGCGCGCCGAGCUGCGCCGCAACGUGGCCCUGAGCGACGUGGUCGAGGUGGUGCGCGCCGAGCCCCCGGCCGCCGGCCCCGACCCCGACCCCGACCCGGGCGCGCGCUGCCCGCAGCACGGCCGGCCGCUCGAGCUCUUCUGCCGCACCGAGGGCCGCUGCGUGUGCAGCGCGUGCACCGUGGGCGACUGUCGCCUCCACGAGCGGGUGCUGCUGGACGCUGAGCGCCGGGAGCGCGAGGCCCAGCUGAGAGCCACGCUGGAGGUCACCCGGCAGCAGGCCACCCAGGCCGAGAGCCAGCUCCAGGGGCUACAGCAGCGAAGCAGCCAGAUCCAGAGCUCGGCCUGCAACCUGGCUUCCAUGGUCUCUGGCAAGUUCAGCCGCCUGCUGCAGGCCCUGGAGAUGCGUCGCAUCAAGGCACUGCGGGCCAUCGAGGUGGCCAAGACACAGGCACUGGCACAGGCCCAGGAGGAGGAGCAGCGGCUACGGGGCCACCUGGAGGCCACGGCUGUCUUUGACCGCUGGACUCAGGACCUCCUGGAGCAGUCGGAUGACCGAACCUUCGUCCAGGGAUCACAGCUCCUGGCGCCCCCAGGGCCUCUUGGGCCGCUGACCCCUCCACAGUGGGAUGCAGAUCAGCAGCUGGACGGCCUGAAGGAAUUUCUGAACCAGCUCUGUGGCCUCCUCCUGGACAAUGGGGACCCGCACGGGGCACCAGCUGAGGCGGCUGACUUGGGUCCCCCGGAGACCUCAGAUGCCCUGGCAUUGGUCCCAAGCCCGGUUUGUCCGCUGAGGAGGAAACUCUGGCAGAAUUAUCGCAAUCUGACCUUCGACCCAGGGAGUGCCAACCGCCACCUUUACCUGUCUCGGCAGGACCAGCGGGUGGAGCACCGGCGAGAGCCCCGAGGCCUGGUUGAGCCAGGCAGCUUUGAGCUCUGGCAGGUGCAGUGUGCCCAGAGCUUCCAGUCUGGACGGCACUACUGGGAGGUGCACACAUCGAACCACUUGGUGACACUGGGCGUCGCCUACCCCGACCUGGCACGGCACAAGCUGGGGCCCUACACAGACAACAUCGGCCGUGGGCCCAGCUCGUGGGGGCUCUGUGUUCAGGAGGACAGCGCCCAGGCCUGGCACAAUGGGGAGGUCCAGCGCCUCCGAGGGGUGCCAGGGAAGCUGCUGGGCGUGGACUUGGACCUGACCUCUGGUUGCCUCACCUUCUAUAGCCUGGAGCCUGAGACCCAGCACCUACACACCUUCCACGCCAUCUUCACCCAGCCCCUCCACCCUGUCUUCUGGCUCCUAGAGGGUAGAACCCUGACCCUGUGCCAUCGGCCUGAGGCCAGGCUCCCUCCAGGGCUCCAGGAAGAGGCCUCGGGGCUCAGCUGAGAAGGCACAGGAUGGAACUCCGGGCUGGGCACAGGAGCCACCAUGCCUGUGUGCCCACGAGCCGCCCCAGCCCCUGGCCUGGGGACCUGCGGCCACAGCUCUCAUGGGGCCAGCUGUGGGCCAGCAGAUUGACUCGGGGUGAGGCUGGGCCACUUGUGGGGGUGGAGGGACCCCCAAACUGGAGUUAACUUUCCCAGCCUCUUUGAAGGAGACAGGGACUAGGAAUGGAGUCAAAUGGGAGGCCCCUGCUCCAGGCAGAGCCCAGUUCCAGGGGCUGCCUGGGCGUCAGAGGCAAGGGCAGCGCCCAGGGACUCCUGGUCCUACAGGAGAGCCCGUGCAAUGUGGUCCACGCCACAGGCUGCGGCAAAAUAGUGCGCGCGCGGCCCCAGCGUGCCUCCCAGAGACGGUGUAGCCAGGGCAGCUUCGGGUGUGGGGAGGGAACCGCAAACUAUUCCUAGACACAGUCUACGGAAAGGUGGUUUCUACCUCCUCCUUCCCCGUCUCUGUCCCUUCUUUUUUCCUUAACAUUUUGCUAUAUUUUAGUCUUUUAUUUUGUACAUCCUGUGGCUGCCACUCCAUAAACCGUUGUGUUUUCUACAUUUUGAUGUAACGUAAGCAUUUUUCACGUUAUAAAAGUUGUUUCCUGGACGAUGACCAUAUAAACAUCAUUCUCGUGACUGUCAGGGUUUUACUGACCCAUUAUCGGACCUUCAAAUUGUUGGAUUUGGGCUCAUAAAAAUAUUGCUGUGAUGAGUAUUUUUGAGCAGGUUAGGGCGUCGUCCCAAUAUGCCAAGGUUGUGAGUUUGAUUUCUAGUCAGGUACUUAUCGGAAUUAACCAAUAAUGCAUCCGUAAGUGGAAGAGCAAAGCAGUAUUUUUCUCUCCUAAAAAUAAAGUUUUUCUAAAGGAUAACACAUGCCAACACUCCAAAAAGUACAAAAUACGUUUGUAUUUUUGUUAGAAGUGUAUCGCCCUCCCACGCUGAUAUCUGGCCUUGGUUGCAAACCCCAUCUUGUGGCCUUGCUCCUCAGCCCUGUGGCUCUCUGGUCAAGGACAGGGCCAGGCCUCUGAUUGGUGCAGCCUGGGCAAGGAGCCCCCAGUCAGAUUCCUAAGGUGUGGGGAGUUCCCCAAUCUUGGGAGGGGGCAUCAUACACUGGGCAGCCUGACAGAGCAACAGGAGGCAGCCAGGACCUCACGGAACAGCCGGACUCCGUGGGGAGGAAGCAUGCUGCUGGCUACCCCAGGGUACAGCUUCCAACCAUCGCUCCUCAUCCGAGGGCCCCGACACACGUGUCCAGCUGAGUGUGGCUGAGCCCACACUCUGACAGGGACAGAGAAAGGAAGACGGGCUCCCUUUCCGCUUCUAGGGGCCCUUUAUUCUAUGAACGUACCUUUUCAUCGGGGUGUUGGUCCCUUCCUUACUGUUCUGGAUCGUGACCAGUAACCUGUAUGUCACAUGACGCGAUGCUACUGCCGUUGCUAUGGUGGGAAACGGAGCGGUGCUGCUCUAGGUGCGGGGACAAGCGUGUACAGAUCUCUCGGAGAGCUCCUGCAAGGUACUCGUCUGCCUGGCUCUGGCAGAAAAACGCAUUGGUAGAGGGAAGCGAAGCAUGGGCUUGGGGAGUAACAUUGGACUAGCCAGCGGUGUUUCCAGCAUUUCUGCCCCCGGCUCACAGGUCUGGGCGUCUGUGUGGCAGAAUCAGGAGAGGGACACACAGACAGAACAAGGACGGGAGGGCAGGAGAGACUGUACAAGACGGGCCCUUACAGCACAGGAGAUAUUGUCAAUGUUGAAAUAACGAAGUACAGUGCCAGAUGGGUCCCGGAAAUACAGGGGGGAACACUUUGUAAAGUAUAUGAUUGUCUAACCGCUAUGCUGUACAUAGCAUAUGAGUAUGAAUAUAAAAUAAUAAUAAAAAGUUUGAAUUU